AACGCGGGGCCCUGUCUCCGCAGACGGCUCCUCGUGUCAGCGCUCCAGUCUGUGUGUGGCACGGAGCGGCGGAGGAGCGGCGGAGAGCGGAGUACACCCAGCGAGAGAGCCCCCCGUAUUCUCAUUUUCCUCUCCGAAUUCACUUUUGGACCGCGCGUGGAUUGUGCGUAAACACGGGAUCUAAUUGACGCUUUCUUUGUAGUCGUCCGCCGUCAACAACCCCGCACAUUUUCAGGGUUUUCCGCACGCACGCACGCACUGACGAGGAGAGACGCACUCCGCCAGCGGGUUUUCAAAGGACUCUAGGAGGGGGCAGAGGAGAGGAGGACAAGCGGACUACUCUUCGACAUAACGCACCACGGAGCGAUUUUGGCACCGCCUCGACGACCGCUGCGCACCACACGGAUAUUACGCGUUUUGUUUUUUUGUGGAUACUAUUUUUUUUCUACCUGCGCGAGGGGAGAGGACCGAGCGGAGACAAAGGUCCUGGGCACAGGGGCUGUCCGGUGUUGGUCAGCGUGCUUUGUCCUCCGUGCUGCCGUUAAGGGGAGGCCAGGCAGUCAUUCUAAAGCCCUGGGGAAUACACUGAAGCCGAGUGUGUGAAGAGGCCGCCAUGUAUCCACAAGGCCGCCAUCCGGCCCCUCACCAGCCGGGGCAGCCUGGCUUUAAGUUCACCGUGGCCGAGUCGUGUGACCGGAUUAAGGAUGAGUUCCAGUUCCUCCAGGCCCAGUACCACAGCCUGAAGGUGGAGUACGACAAACUGGCCAAUGAGAAGACAGAGAUGCAGCGUCACUAUGUCAUGUACUACGAGAUGUCCUACGGCCUCAACAUCGAGAUGCACAAACAGACGGAGAUUGCCAAACGCCUCAAUGCAAUCCUCGCACAGAUCAUGCCGUUCUUGUCUCAAGAGCACCAGCAGCAGGUGGCCCAGGCGGUGGAGAGGGCCAAGCAGGUGACCAUGACCGAGCUCAAUGCGAUCAUCGGGCAGCAGCAGCUCCAGGCGCAGCACUUGUCCCACGCUGCCCACGGCCCCCCGGUGCAGCUGCCCCCUCACCCCUCUGGACUGCAGCCCCCCGGCCUGCCCCCUGUCACUGGGGCGGGCUCCGGCCUGCUGGCCCUCGGAGCUCUGGGCAGCCAGGCCCACCUGCCAGUGAAGGACGAGAAGAACCACCACGACCUGGAGCACAGAGAACGAGAAUCCAGCACGAAUAACUCGGUGUCUCCGUCCGACAGCCUGCGCGCCGCCAGCGAGAAGCACCGCGGCUCCUCCGACUACGGCCUCGACUCCAAGAAACGCAAAGUGGACGACAAAGACAGUAUGAGCAGAUAUGACAGUGAUGGAGACAAGAGCGACGACCUGGUGGUGGAUGUCUCCAAUGAGGACCCUGCGACCCCGCGGGGCAGCCCGGCUCACUCGCCUCCGGAGAACGGCCUGGACAAGAGCCGCCUCCUGAAGAAAGACAACGCCCCCAACAGCCCCGCCUCCGUCGCCUCGUCCGGGAGCACGCCCUCCUCGAAAGCCAAGGACCACCCCCAUAACGACAAGUCCUCCACACCCAGCCUGAAAUCCAACACGCCCACCCCCAGGAACGAGGCCCCCACCCCGGGCACCAGCAGCACCCCCGGGCUCCGGCCCCUCACCAUGGGCAAGCCCCGCAUGGAGGCACUGGCUGCCCCAGCCCUGCGCACCCCCCUCUCCAUCGCCGGCUCCUAUGGGCCCUUUGCCAUGAUGGGGCACCACGAGAUAAACGGCUCCCUGACCAGCCCUGGGUACCCCGGGCUCAUCUCCCCUCAGAUGAGCGCUGCUGCGGCGGCUGCCUACGGACGCUCGCCCAUCGGAGGCUUCGACCCGCACCCCCACAUGAGAGCGGCCGGCCUGCCCGCCAGCCUCACCUCCAUCUCAGGGGGGAAACCGGCCUACUCGUUUCACGUGAGCGCAGACGGGCAGAUGCAGCCGGUGCCUUUCCCUCCGGACGCUCUGAUAGGCCCGGGCAUACCGCGCCAUGCCCGCCAGAUCAACACGCUGAGCCACGGCGAGGUGGUGUGCGCCGUCACCAUCAGUAACCCCACGCGCCACGUCUACACCGGGGGCAAGGGCUGUGUCAAGAUCUGGGACAUCAGCCAGCCGGGCAGCAAGAGCCCCGUGUCCCAGCUCGACUGUCUGAACCGGGACAACUACAUCCGCUCGUGUAAGCUGCUGCCUGACGGCCGCACCCUGAUUGUGGGCGGAGAGGCCAGCACCCUCACUAUUUGGGACCUGGCCUCACAGACGCCGCGCAUCAAGGCGGAGCUGACGUCGUCCGCACCGGCCUGCUACGCCCUCGCCAUCAGCCCCGACGCCAAAGUCUGCUUCUCCUGCUGCAGCGACGGAAACAUCGCAGUGUGGGACCUGCACAACCAGACCCUCGUCAGGCAGUUCCAGGGCCACACGGACGGGGCCAGCUGCAUCGACAUCUCCCACGACGGGACCAAGCUGUGGACCGGGGGCCUGGACAACACUGUGCGCUCCUGGGACCUGAGGGAGGGCAGGCAGCUGCAGCAACACGACUUCACCUCACAGAUCUUCUCCCUGGGCUACUGUCCCACGGGCGAGUGGCUGGCCGUGGGCAUGGAGAGCAGUAACGUGGAGGUCUUACACCACACCAAACCAGACAAGUACCAGCUGCACCUGCACGAGAGCUGCGUGCUGUCACUCAAGUUCGCCUACUGCGGGAAGUGGUUUGUGAGCACAGGGAAGGACAACCUGCUGAACGCAUGGAGGACCCCGUACGGCGCCAGUAUCUUCCAGUCCAAGGAGUCGUCGUCCGUCCUGAGCUGUGACAUCUCUGCAGACGACAAGUACAUCGUAACAGGCUCUGGAGACAAGAAGGCCACAGUGUACGAGGUCAUCUACUGAAACUGCUCCACCUCACCUCCUCUUGACCUCCACCUCACCUUCACCGGACCUUCACCGGACCUUCACCGGACCUCCAACUGACCUUCACCUGACCACCACCUGACCUGCUCCUCCUCUGCUGACCACCUCCUUGUCUGCUGACCUCCUCUCCCCGUCUGACCUAUGGAUUAUUUGAACAGUUUCUCGCCAAUGGAGCAGCGCUUCAUUUCUUACAGACCUCGUAGUCCAGUGACGCCUGUGAAAAGUGUACAUAUUGGCUCAGAUCAAAGACCUUUUCUAUAUAUGAUAAAGUCUAUAUAUUUUCAUGUCCUGGCUGUAUCGUGCUGAUUGGUCCCUCCUCUCUUUAGCCAGAACUCGGUGGAAUCUUUUUAAACUGUGCUGAUUUUUAGGACUGCGUUUUUAAAGGGUGUGCGGGACGUUCGGUGGGAUCUUAUUUUUGAAAUGGCCUUUUGUCGCCGUGCUUUUACUUGAUGACGGGCGUGGCGUCUCAGGAGCAGAAGGGGGCGCUGUCGGCCUGACCCGUGGAUGUACAUUUAAAUGGUCUAUACAAAGGUUUUACAGUGUACUAUGUGUCCUGCUCUGUCUCGCGUCUUUCUUAUGGACUUGUCAGAUUGUUUUCGGAACACGGGGACGUUUUGAUGUUGACCCUUAACUGCUAGAGGCUAACUGCUGCUCGCGAACUGAACUGGAGCCAAGCGGCGCUGUGUGGGUCGUCUCGCGGUUCUCGGAUACGUCCACGGACCCAUUAGCCCUGGUACCUGACCCCGCCUCCCCUCACCCUAGCCCCACCUCCCGCACCCUAGCCCCACCCCCCUCUUUCCUGGUAGCCACCGGGUCAACUGAAGCUGUGUGAAAAGUGGCAGAAAGUGCCUGCCCAGACGAAAACCACACCAAAGUAUAACGCUGUUAGCAUAAAGAGAUGUACAGU